AUGGCUGAUCAAAAAAUCCUGGAAAAGGAGCAAACCUUUGCAUCCUUUGACUUUGAUCCUCGACUGUCGCGAGCCAUAGCUCAACUGGAAUUCACACACCCAACGCUUGUUCAAGCCAAGGCCAUUCCGCUUGCACUUGCUGGUAAAGACAUUCUGGCUCGUGCUCGGACAGGCAGUGGUAAAACAGCCGCAUUUGCCUUACCUAUCAUUCAAAAACUUCUACAAUCGAAAGAGGUAAACAUACACAACUUACGUUUUGUUUUUUGGUGGUGA